AGGAGUACACCUCGCGGGUCAGAACACGACUGUACUAAACGGCAUGGAACAGGUUGUGGCGCACAUCUGAUGUGGCUGAGGGGGGCUUGACAUCCUCGCGAAUCGACUUGGCGAUCUACCUACCGCAGCGUCAUAGAUCGGACAGGGACGGGAUCGUCGCGAUGCAUCGUGAAGGCGCGAUUGGAGCUAAGCUCGGCGUCGCGGCUUCUCCUUUUCUCCUUUCCCUACUGUAGACAGUCUGCUUUCGCUGCAUGCACAGAGAACUCUCCCUCCACAAUGCCGCCAAAACGCAAAGCAAAGGCGGCCAACGCAACCGCAUACACCGACCCAGCAGGCACCGCGCCAAACAAGCGCUCCAAAGCGUCGAAGCCAGCAGCCGCAAACGGCCAAUCUCCUGCCAAUGGAGAAACAGGACGCGGCGAUACAGAACACCAAGACGAAGAACACCCAGAUGCAGAAAAAGAAGCACCGCACUUCGACCACUCGCGCCCGGAAGAACGCACCGGCAUCGUAGACCGUCGCUUCUACCCCGCGGAAAUGAGCAAUGAGCGCUGCGCGCUGUACAACGCCGACGCGAUCCCGCGGCCGAUCGAGCUGCUCAACCGCGCCCUCGACGCGACGAGAGCGCAAAGAGAGCGGGUGAGGAACGCAGAGCCGGGCGCGGCGGUGGUGCAUUGGUUCAAGCGGGAUUUACGCAUCAGGGAUAACACGGGGUUGAGCAGGGCGGCGCAGCUGGCGAGGGAGAAGGGCGUCGGUGUCAUUGGGGUGUGGAUUCUCAGCCCGCGCGAUUGGGAGGCGCAUUUGGUUAGUCCUGCGAAAUGUGAUUUUGAAAUUAGGACUGUGGGGGUGCUGGGGAGGGAGCUGGCGGAGUUGGAUGUACCGCUGUUUGUGGAGUGCGUUGGGGAGCGCGGGGAUGUGGAGAGGAGGUUGGUGGAGGUGUGUGAGGAGUGGGGUGUGAAGAAUGUGUUUUGCAAUCUGGAGUACGAACCUGAUGAGUUGAGGAGGGAGACGCAGCUGGUGAAGUUGUGCGCGGAGAAAGGCAUUAAUUUCGAGCCGCAGCACGACGAUUGCGUUGUCCCGCCGGGCAGUCUGAGGACGGGCGGUGGACGGCAGUAUGCGGUGUAUACCCCGUGGUAUCGGAGCUGGGUGGCUCACCUACACGCGCACCCGCAUCUGCUCGAUGAGAGGCCGCUGCCUGGGAGGAAUCCGCCGGGCUUCAGAGACAGGUUCAAGCACCUGUUUGACAUGCCGGUCCCCCCAGCUCCCGCGUCUAAAGGCCUCUCCACCGAGGAAAAGGAGCGCUUCGCACGCCUCUGGCCGGCGGGUGAAGGCGCGGCUCUCGACCGCUUGCAGCUGUUUCUGACGGAGAAGAUCGGCCGGUAUCAGGCAACGCGCAAUUUCCCCUCGGCGAACAGCACCGCGUGCGUGAGUGUGCAUCAUGCCGCGGGUACGUUGGCGGCGCGUACGAGCGUGAGGAUGGCAAGGGAUGUGAAUAGUACGAAGAAGCUGGAUGGCGGCAUUGAGGGGAUACGCGGCUGGAUUAGCGAGGUUGCUUGGAGGGACUUUUACAGGCAUGUCCUUGUGCAUUGGCCGUAUGUCUGCAUGAACAAACCCUUCAAAUUCGAAUACACAAACAUCGAAUGGGAGUACAGCGACGCGCACUUCCGAGCCUGGACCGAGGGAAAAACCGGCUACCCCAUCGUCGACGCGGCGAUGCGAUGCCUGAACCACACGGCCUACAUGCACAACCGCCUCCGCAUGGUCACCGCGUCCUUUCUCGCUAAACAUCUUCUGCUCGACUGGCGCUGUGGUGAGCAGUACUUCAUCAGCCAUCUUAUCGACGGCGAUUUCGCGAGUAAUAAUGGCGGCUGGGGGUUUGCGAGCUCGACGGGCGUGGAUCCGCAGCCGUAUUUUCGCGUGUUUAAUCCGUGGUUGCAGAGCGAGAAGUUCGAUGCUGAUGGGGAGUUUAUCAGGAAGUGGGUGCCUGAGCUGCAGGGCGUGGAGGGUAUGGCUAUUCAUAACCCGUACGAGCAUGGGGGGAAGGCGGCCGAGGUUGCGAGGAGGAAUGGCUAUCCGAAGCCGAUUGUGGAGCAUAAGUUCGCGAGGGAGAGGUGUUUGAUGAGGUAUAAGGCGGGCAUUGGGAGGGAUACUGCAUGAAUACUUCUCUACUGUUGGAACUUGUGGACCGACCUCUUUGGGACGUGGUUGUAAGGGAGCUUGGAGUUUUGCGGAUCUUGGAGUAUCUGCUUUGGCAUAAUCUUACUUAUCGGGCCUUCAAUGGAUGACAGCCUGUAUUGCAUUCGACGGGUGAUGGAUAGACGGU